AUGCGAGGCUUACGGCUACUUUCACUAGUUACGGAGACGUAUUUGUGCUGUUCAUGCAAAUCCUUACGUACCAAAGACAGCGAACGCUAUUGUCAGCCAAUUCCAUCCUGUAAAAUUCGAGAUGGUUUCUUCAUAACGGAUCCGUUGAAUACAUUUCGAGCACAUUUCUGUGUUCCCAAGAGUACACCACAGGCCACUGCACGUCGUCUAAUAAUUGAGCGAUGCAACGAGCUACGAGCGGGACCAUGUGCAAAGCCUACAAGGAAUGUAGUCGAGGAGAUACUGUCGGAUAUCACAUCGCCAAAAUUCGAUGCCUUCCCGAUGGGGGAAAGGCGAAAGAUGGUGGAACAGAUUGCAUCCCCUUAUGGAAAUGCUCGGGAGAACCUUCGUCGAACCUUGCAGCGAAACCAGCAGAGGGGAUUAAAUCCUACUCCACCUCGUCCUCGAUUAACGGGUAAAACAAGAAAGCGUCGCAUCAGAGCUCAAGCUUAUUCACUUGCCGAAGAAGAGGCGAAGAUGGCUACAAAGCAGCACAGGUUGCCUGUUCACACUGUUCCAAGGCAAAAAUUAGUCUGCGCCGAACCUAUUCGCACCCUAGUCUUCAUGGAUCUAGCUAGCACACAUAUAUAUCCAGGCUACAGUGAGGCGCAGCGGCGAAUAUCUCCGCAGUUGCUGAACGAACCCGUGCAAUGUACGAAUACAUUGAAGAGGUUUAUUAUACAAAUGGUGCGUCGUGCUCGUCAUGAUCUUGAGUUAAAAAGAAGUUUUGCCGAGGAAUGGCCAUCGAUCAGGAAGUUUUUGGACGACUGUGCAAAACCUGUUUGUUUGAUCGCACACAAUGGAAUGUUUUUUGAUUUUCGUACCCUCUAUGGUGAGCUGCAUAGGUGUGGUUUCAUCGAAAAGGGAAUGGGCAUCCCAAAAGGAGUCGUCUUUGUGGAUUCUACAUUAGCAAUCCGUGAAAUUGAAAACAUCUACUGUAAAGAGGUGUGCGAAGCCACGAAAAAGCUAACAUCGGUGAAAGCUCAUGUGGCCGCACCGUCUGAAGAUAUAUCAGAAUGCAGAGAAGAAGUAAAAAUCCACACAAGAUAUUUAGUCCCUCGAGAAGGUCCGCGCAAAGCAUCGGGCUCAAUUCAGUGGCAAACAGAAACCGAUGAGGAAUCCUGUAACGAACAUCCGCUCAGUGUCUUCAAUGUACAACUAUGGCCUGCUGCCAAAAUGAGGCGAAUUCGCCCAGAAUUUUUCAGGCAAGACGGAAGAGGUCGUUGGGAGUUUAGUAUGAUUGCUGCUAGAGAAGCACUGAGAGACGACUUGCCUGUACUUUACGAAGCGGUGGUGAAAACGCCCCUGUUAGCCCAUUUCACCCAAGACGAUGCUGAGGCUUUAAUGCAGGUUCGUAGUUAA